UAUUCAGGCUGUAUGUUAUCUUCCAGCUACUUCUGUCUUCCUCUUCCUCUUCCCACUUUUGUGAUCUUCAGCAUAUGCAAACCAAAUCAGACAAAGAGGAACAAUCGGAACAUAAUAACAGCUCAGAAAUACCGUGGCUUGUGAACAUCUAUGGCAAUGGCAGGAGAUGCCAGGGAGUUAUCCUGAGCAGUUGGUGGGUCUUGACGGCAGCCAACUGCUUCCUAUUGAUGAAUCCGAGCCAAGUAGAAUUGACUGGAUCUCAUGGGCGUUUCUCCACCAAUACAGUGAGCCAAUUUCUGCUACAUCGGGGCUUCAGUUCUUGGAAUACGGCACCCAAUAAUGACCUGGGACUAAUCUUGCUUGGUCAGCCAGUUGAUUUAAGAAGGCGAGACAUGUGGCCAGCUUGUAUCCCCAAGGAAAAAAAACCUUAUGACGUAACAGAGGAAUGCAGGAUUUUGGAGCAAAGUAAUAAUGAAACCACAAAGUUGUUGUUAAAGAUAACCAUUGUGGAGAGUCUGAGUGUCUUAGAGUGUUCCAAGCACUGGCCUGGAUCUACAAAUGAACGGAACUUGUGUGUUGAAAGAAAAAAACCUCCUAGGCAUGCAGAUUGCAAGGUGCCUGUAGGUACUCCAGUGAUCUGCAGUGACCCAGCUAUAUCAAAAUGGGAAGUGAUGGGCAUUGUGAGCCAGAGUUUAUACAAUUGUUCUGGUCCUAUUUUGGCUGCCCAGCUUUUAACCCACUUAAAAUGGCUAAGGCAAGAGGGUUCCCUAGAAAAUCCUCUUCAGCAAGAAUUACCUUUAGCUACUCCAGGUGUAUCGAUCACAUCCAAAACAAUGAUCAAGACACUUCCAGCAACUCAGCAAGUAUCAACAGCAGCCCCAAUUUCUCAAACAACCAUAUCACUACCAGUGGCCAAAUAUGUACCCCUUACAAAAGCCUACAAUAACGAAACAUCUACAAUAUCAAGGCAGUUCCUUCCCCAAACUGAAAAGCCUGAGAAUGUAAAAGCAACAACAGAACAGACAUCACCUGUAAUAUCUUUUGUCACUCAAAGGAUCUCUACAACAAUUACAAAAGUACCAUCUAAAAUCUCUUCUAAACUUACAGAGCCUUUAUCUGCAAUAUCUACAAAAGCACACCAGUCUCAAUAUGUAAUCUCUUCUACACGCAAAGAAAGUGUUGACAUGCCCACGACAAAACAGCCCUUUUGGAACACUAGAGAGCCAAAACAUCUAACUAUUACAGCGGUCCGACAAGAAACCCAUGGAAAAUCUUUCCCCAAAAAGUUAUUACCUUUCACAGCUGAACCACAUUCUGUCACACAAACAAGUAUAACGUUGCCACCUACGCCUUUGCCACCUUUAGAGACCACUCCUAUGGAGCUUCCACUAUCCACUACUGCAACAGAUGUCAAUGAAGGUUUACCUGUUCAUAUUGCGAUAGCUGAACCAUAGUUGCCAAGGAGUAAACAGGAGGUUUCAAUUUCUGGCAUGAAUUGCCCCACUCAGCAUAGCCACAGUCUCCCAUCCUCAUUUCUGAGCAGACAGCUCUGAAAUUGAGUGCGGUGAGGUGGGCGCAGAAUUGCCUUGAUCAGGAGAAUCCCCACAAGAAUGAGAGGGGAACCAGGAACGGAUAAUGAAGGUAUUGGACGUCCAGGAACAUAAACGUCACAGGACAUCAGGCUAAUCAAUCAUUUAUUUCUUUUUGUUCUCUUUUUUUUUCUUUUUCUAUAAUGGGUUUAAAAUAAAAUGUUUCUAGUAUAGCACAAUGGCUUAGCCAUUCUCUCUGUGAAAGAAAGUUACCAAUAUGACCGAACCAAUAACGUUUGAAAAGAACUGUGAACA